AUGUCGCGUUUAAUAGUAAAAAAUCUACCCAAUAAGGUAACUGUUGAAAAGUUGAAAGAUCUUUUUGGAGAGAAGGGGGAAGUAACCGAUGUCCAGUUGAAAUAUACUAAAGAUGGCAAGUUUAGAAAUUUUGGUUUCGUGGGAUACAGAACCGAAGAGCAAGCAGCAGCAGCAAGAGAACACUUUGAUGGCACUUUUGUAAAUAGCAUGAAAAUAAAUGUUGAAGUAUGUGCCAACUUAGGAGAUGAAAAAAAACCUCGAGCCUGGAGCAAGUACGCCACAGACAGUACUGCCUAUAAAAAGUUACAUAAAGAUGAAACCAGUGACAAACCGAAAAAAGAAAAAGUAAACAAAGCAGAGAGAAAUAAGAAUAAGAUAAAGGAACUAUUAAAAAAGCACAAAGAUGAUCCAUUGUUUACAGAAUUCAUUGAAGCUCAUGUAAAUGAUAAAACUGCAUGGAUAAAAGAGGCUUUAGAAGCGGCGAAUAAAAGUGAUGAUGAUAGUGGAGUCGAGGAUGAAACUCCAUCCAAGGAUGAAAAAAUACAAGAAGAUAAAACAGAAGACAAAAAUGACAUACAGGAUGCUCCGCAAAAAGAAAAAGUUGCUAAUAAACAAAUAAGUGAUUUAGAGUAUAUGAAACUGUUAAUGAAGAAAGUCGAUGGCUAUACAGAAGUUGAUAAUAAAGAUGCAAAGCCAGAAGACGACAAGCCUAAGAAAGUCCGCAAUCGUCCAUUGUUCUAUGUUAAAAUAACAGGUCUACCAUUUAAAUGUAAGAAGAAAGACAUUAAGGAAUUUUUCAAACCUUUAGUGCCAUUUUCAAUAAGACUACCUCUUGGUAAAGGGAAGAAGUUAGCAGGAUUCUGUUAUGUCGGUUUUAGAACGGAAAAAGAGUUAAACAAAGCACUUAACAAGGAUAAACUAUUCAUAGCAAAUCAUCGCAUUCAUGUACAUAAGUAUGAAGACAAGGCAAAAAUUGCUGCAGAACAGGAAGAGUUGCACAAUAAUAAAAAGAGACAAGAGCAAGUAAAUAAUGGAGAAAGUAUUGGUGAGAGUGGCAGAAUAUUUGUGAGAAACUUGCCUUAUGUUGUAUCAGAAGUAGAGUUGACCAGCUUGUUUGAGAAGUAUGGCCCUAUCGCAGAAGUUUCAAUGCCGAUAGACCCAAUUCUCCGUCAGCCCAAAGGGUUUGCUGUCAUAACAUUUGUGAUGCCCGAGCACGCUGUUAAGGCUUAUACUGAACUCGAUGGAACAGCUUUUUGUGGACGAAUGAUGCACAUACUACCAGCGAGGACUGAGAAACUUGAAGAUGAGAUUGAUGAGGAUCUGCCAUUCAAAGAGAAGAAAGCCUUAAAGUUGAAGCAGCAAGCCAAAUCUUCUCACAACUGGAAUGUUCUGUUCCUCGGAUCUAAUGCUGUGGCCGAUGUGGUCGCUUCCAGUUAUAAUACAACCAAGGAACAACUACUUAGUGAUAAUAAUAAAAAUACGAGUGCUGCUGUUAGACUUGCAUUGGGAGAAACACAAUUGGUCGCUGAAACUAAAGAAUUCCUUGAGUCAAAUGGAGUACAUCUGGACGCUUUUAAUAGACCAGCCAAAAAGAGGUCUAAAACAUGUAUAUUAGUGAAGAAUCUACCAGCGGGUACUGACAAAGAGGAAAUCAGGAGUUUGUUUGUUAAACAUGGACAAGUGGCGAGGUUUCUGAUGCCAAAGCACGGAAUCACAGCACUAGUUGACUUCAUAGAACCUUUCGAAGCAAAGAAAGCCUUCAGCAAACUAGCUUACUCACAGUACAAAUCCGCGCCACUAUAUCUAGAAUGGGCACCAGAGAAUGUGUUCGUUAAAGACGCUAAAAUAGAAACUGCUCCCGACAAAGAAACAAGCGAUGUGAAUAAAACAGAAGCAGAGUCGUCUGAAGAAACUAGUGUUAAAGAACCUGAGACGAAAAUUGUUGAAGAAACGCCAGAUGAACAACCUGAAAAUGAUACGACGUUGUUUGUCAAAAAUCUUAACUUUAAAACUACAGAGGAAACAUUGAAAUCGCAUUUUUCUACUUGUGGGAAACUUCACAGUGUGAUCAUAGCCAGAAAGAAAGAUCCCAAAAACCAAACUCAACUUCUAUCUAUGGGUUAUGGUUUCGUGCAAUAUAUUAAGAAGACCCACGCUCUAGAGGCCCUUAAAGUAUUACAGGGUUCAACACUCGAUGGAAAAACUUUAGAACUUAAGAGAUCUGAGAGAGGAAAUAUAACCGAAGUCAAAACGUCGAAGAAGACAUCAAAGGACACGAUACAAAAUGGUACUAAGAUUCUAAUACGAAACGUACCGUUCCAGGCGAAUAGGAAGGAAUUACAUGAGAUAUUUAGAGCAUUUGGAGAAAUCAAAACACUGAGGCUUCCACAGAAACUAACAGUGGGCUCUGAACAACAUCGAGGAUUUGCGUUCGUUGAUUAUUACAGCAAGGCAGAUGCAAAGUCAGCAUUUGAUGCUCUGUGUCAAUCAACACAUUUGUAUGGAAGACGUUUGGUACUUGAAUGGGCGGAUCAGAGCGAUGAAAAUGAAGAUGUAGAUUUGUUAAGAAAAAGGACGGCUGAGAAAUUCAACGCUAAGACACCCGGCGGGAAGAAAUCUAGAAAAGGCGCCGUUGACGUUGAUACGUUUGUUGAUGUCGAUAUCUUAAUAAAUCAUAUAAUAUAA